GUUGAACUGAAGCGAACCACAUAUAUAAACACGCAUAAAGUACAUAUUUAAGUUUUUUUCUUUUCUCGAGGCAAUGAUUGUUAGCUAGUGGUGGCUGGACACGCCCCCUCCUCGCCUCUGGAAACGUGUACUUUUUUUUUUUUUUUGGAAACGUGUAAAUAUGACUUCGGCCAACAUUCUCGUGCACACGCGUCUGCUGGUUCCGCUGAGGAAAGCGUGCGCGCGCAACCCCCCUACCAGACUCCAGAACCAGAGCAGGCGGAUCAGUACCUCCAGGAGGUGCCGGGAUGUCAUGCCUGCCUGGGUCAUUGACAAAUACGGCAGCAAUGACGUUUUACGGUUCACUCGGAACGCCAGCUUCCCUUCCAUCACCUUCCCCAAUGAGGUGAUGGUCAAGGUGUUUGCCGCCGGCCUGAACCCGCUGGACGUCAGCAUGAGAGGUGGUUACGGUGCCGCCACUCUCUCCAUGAAGCGGGAUCCUCUCAGCAUCUCGCGGUCCGGCAGUGAGUUCCCGCUCAUCCUGGGGAGGGAUGUGUCCGGGGUCAUCAUGGAGUGCGGCCUGGGGGUCAAAUACUUCCAAGAGAGAGAUGAGGUCUGGGCUGCCAUCCCGCCGUGGAAACAGGGCAGCUUGGCUGAGUUUGUGGUGCUGAGUGCAAACGAGAUCUCCUGGAAGCCAAAGUCCCUGAGCCACACGGAGGCAGCAGCCAUGCCGUACGUGGCGGCCACCGCCUGGUCAGCUCUGGUCAACACGGGAGGACUGAGUAAGGACAAGUGUGGGAACAAACGGAUUCUGAUCCUUGGAGGUUCUGGGGGUGUGGGGACGUUUGCCAUACAGCUCCUGAAGGCCUGGGGAGCCCAUGUGACCGUGACCUGUUCCCAGAAUGCAGAGCAGUUUGUGAGGGGGCUGGGGGCAGACCAUGUGGUGGAUUACACGGACGGACCUGUUGACGUUUCGCUCUCGGGGUUGGAAAAAUUUGACCUGAUCCUGGACAACAUUGGGGGGGACACCGAGCGCUGGGCGCUGGGGCUGUUGAAACCGUGGAGUGGGUCCAAGUAUGUCACCCUUGUGACGCCCUUCAUGCAGAACAUGGACAGGCUGGGCGUGGCCGACGGCAUGAUGCAGACUGCAGCUACGCUGGCCUCCAAAGCCCUCAAGAUGAAACGGGCCGGUUCUCAGACAUUUAACUUCAGAAAGAUUCUCUUCUGAGUUUGUCAGAAGAACCACAUCGUCUCCGGUCAACCAGCCUUAUUCACUCUGAAGAAAUCCCUCCAAGAAGCUUUUUUGGAGCAUUCUGCAGUUUAGCCAGAUGCCCUUUGUGGGUGUUUGCUUGUAGCUAAGAUCUACAGCAGACCAGCUGUUCCACCAAAAGCUAAAGGUCAUUAAUGAUCAGCAUAGAUACGCUUCAGCAGACAGAGACACUGUGUUUACGGUCCAGGAAAUGACUCGGCUGCUUUUAUUAUUUCCUCGCCGUCUGCCUGGGCGGCGAAGCUUCUAUUAAAAUGUGUGUUUUCUACGGGGUUCAUGCUUCAUGUGUCGACGUUAUCUUCAUUUGACUUUGCAUAUCCUGAUAGAGGUGGGAUUAUUCUCUUCCCAUCAGCUCGUAGUUUGAUAUUUGUCUGACCUUGUAACAAUUUGCAUAAAAGGCAAAACUGUUCAGUGGAAUUAAAAUUUUUUUCCUGGAUGAAAGUGUCAUCACAGGAAAGUUCACCCAACCAAACAUGAAGCUUUGGACUUUAUGGACCAGCUCUCUGCAGGUCCAGCGUUCGAAAUACGCGGUUAUCCUGUUGUCCGAGACAACCAGAUUUCACGGAGGACAACCAAAAAUGAGCCUGAUGGUUAUCCGUGUGACAACCUGGUUGGUCUUUUACUCAACAUUUUGGUAUUUUUCGACUAUUUUUCAAGUUUCAAAGGUUAGUUUUUGGCAACCUCUGAAUUGAGUCUUAUGCAGCAAAUUCUUUCCACUGACAAACGAAGUGCGUGGAUGCUAGCGAAUCCUUUGUUUCUACAUGUGCACUUUUCAAUAAAGAUUAUUCAAAUAAUGUAUUGAGCAACACGUUCAAAAUAAUCGGCCCAUUAACAGAAGAUUUAAAACACAUUCAUAAAACACUAAAACUUUCACUCAUAACAGAACAGACUGACAUGAGCUGAAAAAAACCUUUUUCCUUGGGAUUGAUAUGAUAGUCUACAUUUGUACAACAGUCUUUGUAUUUUAAAUUCUUUAAGCAACAAUUAUCAAAACCAAAGAUAAAAAAGAACCAAUAUAUUUAAAUCUGUGUAAAGAUACUAGUUAUAAAGACAUUAGUUUCAAGUUUUUGGCAAUGCUUUGUGUAACCAGAGGUUUCAAUAUUUAGUAAAAUGUUUGUUUUUAAUAUUUAAAGAGUUUUUUAAAUGUCCAUCAUAAGAGGCAGUUGAUAUUAGAUGUAUAGAAGAAAUGAGAUGUAAGUGCUGACAUCUGAGUAGGGUUUGUUGCUGUUGAAUAUUGUUAUCCAAGGACAACCAAAAAUUGGGGAGGACAACCAAAUGACAACCAUUUUCCCCCCUUAUUUCUAACGCUGAGGUCCCAUGUGAUCCAAUGAGGGCAUGCCAUAGAACGGGUCUGCCUGCUUCUGCUGGGGACGUCGGAGAACAGGGUGAACACGGAGAACAGG